GGACACCGGAAGUGGAUUUUUAAUUGAAAUGAAAGUUUUCACAUAUGUAUGGGCAUGGUCAUUCAAUAUAGAUAAUAAAUCAGUUUGACAGAUAUCAAAUAUAUCAUGUACAAACUAUUGACGACUGCAGUGACAACUGUAGCAUUUGGGAAAUUAAUGUAUGACAUCAUAAGCACAAUAUACAAUAGACUGCACCAAAAGGAUGACAAGGAACCAGUUGACAAAGUUAUAUUCUUUCCCGAUGAUACAGUAUCGUGUCGUAAAUACAGGAAUGGAAUUUGCAAAGACGUAAAUUGUAGAAUGAGUCACGAUAACACAUCUUUCUCACAACUAAUAACAAUAUUCGAACAGGCGAAGAGGUCCAUAGAUGUUUGUGUAUUUGUGAUCACGUGUCAAGAGUUGGCGAAUGUCCUGGCUGAGAAACAAAAGAGAGGGCUUACAGUUAGGAUCAUCACAGACAGUGAACAGGAGGAUUGCAGUGGCUCACAACUAUACAAGUUUAGAGCAGCAGGUGUAAGAGUACGAACAGACAGGACAACAUUCUUCAUGCAUCACAAGUUUGCCAUUGUAGACAAUAGCCUUCUGGUGAAUGGCUCGUUCAACUGGACUAAACAAGCAGUUACUGGCAAUUUUGAGAACUUACUUAUAACAAGCAAUAAAGGAAUAAUACAACAAUACCAGCAGGAAUUCAACAGGCUUUGGGAAAAGUUUGAUCCUGGAAAGAAUUUAAAGAAUCUGUAAUAAGUGUGAUCUCUACUCUCCCGUAUGUCAUAUCAUGAUACUGUAGUUUUGGGCUUUUUUCAUGAUUAUAUUCUGAAAUGAAUCAAGCUGAAUGUGAUCUUCAAUGGUGCUCAUUGUUUUGCUAUGUUUAUAUCCAAUGUACAGUUUUAUUUUCUCACUGUUGUUUGGCAUCUCUCCUUAUCCAGGAGCAGAGACCUGAAAUGGAGGGGGAGUUGUUUGUAGAAUG